CUAUUGAGGAAACAUUCCCCCCACUCUCUGCGUCCCUCCGAGAGGAAAGAAAAGUUGUCCUUUUUAAAUUUCUAUCCACGUCCUUUUCCUCCUCUUCUCUCUUUCUGCGUGCCUUUGCUCGGCUCCCCCCCUCCCCACCCUUUGCAGGGCUUAAAGAGAAAGCCCAGGAAAACGUGGCUGCAUCCCAGGGUUUCUCUAGGUCAACUCUUUUAUUGUUGAAAAAGGACCUGAAGAAUUCAUUCAGAAUCCGGCAGCCUUCUCGUCCUCCUGCCGCCCUUCCCCUUCCCACUCCCCCCCUUUUAUUUUUGCUACCCCCUGGACUUUUGGAAUUUCAUCUGGAUUAUCCUCUGGCAAGCUGGUCAGAUUGGAAGACACGGCAACAGACAUUGGAGAACUUGGUCUUCUGCAGUGUGCAAGUCAAUUCCCAACAACCCCCCCUUGCUCCCCCAAUCUAAGGGGGUUUGGUUUUUUCCAAAGACCAGUAGCCUCUAAGAAGGUCUGGAGAAGGUUGGCACAGAGAGGAGCUUUCUGGGACUGGUUUCCUCUCUCUGCUGCAAAGGAUGCUCCUUGUUUAACUUCUUUUCUGGCUCUUCCAGAGAGUCAUGACAGUCUGGCUUCCCAGCCUUGCGAACCUUUAUCUCUGGAGUGGGAUCUCCAGUUUAGACUGCUUUUCCCCUUGCCUGCCACCUGCCAGCACUUGUCGCUUUAAAUAACCCAACUGUGCAAACUGAGGGAGACUUGCCAAAGAUGCAAGGAUGGGGAAGGUGUCCUCCUCACCGUCAGCCUCUUCUUGAACGGGCUCCAUCCCAGGUUAUCUUCCUCCAAGCUUCCCUGCCCUUCUUCCAGUAAUUGAAGAAGAAGAAGAAGAAGAAGAAGAAGAAGAAGAAGAAGAAGAAGAAGAAGAAGAAGAAGAAGAAGAAGAAGAAGAAGAAGAAGGAGAAGCUGCUCCAGCUGCACGUGUCCCACAUUGGGAAGUUCUUGAUGGCUUCUCUAAGGAGAGUGAAAGUCUUGCUGAUCUUAAACUUGAUUGCGGUGGCUGGCUUUGUCCUCUUCUUGGCCAAGUGCAGGCCCAUUGUGAUGAAGAACGGAGAUGCUUUCCAUGAAAUUCAUCCCAGGGCAGAAGUGGCCAACCUGACAGCCCACCCAGCCAACCCCAUUCAAGAUGCGGUGCUGAAACGGUUGUCCCUUCUUGAGGAUAUUGUCUACCGGCAACUCAAUGGUCUGUCAAAAUCCUUGGGGCUUAUCGAAGGCUAUGGUGGUCGUGGCAAAGGUGGCCUGCCUGCCACUCUUUCUCCAGAGGAGGAAGAAAAAGCCAAGGGACCCCAUGAAAAAUAUGGCUACAAUUCCUAUCUCAGUGAGAAAAUAUCAUUGGACCGCACCAUACCAGAUUAUCGUCCAACUAAGUGUAAAGAGCUUAAAUAUGCAAAGGAUCUCCCACAGAUUUCUAUUAUUUUUAUCUUUGUCAAUGAGGCGCUUUCAGUCAUCCUGCGUUCAGUUCACAGCGCUGUAAAUCACACUCCAGCUCACCUCUUGAAAGAGAUCAUCCUCGUAGAUGACAACAGCGAUGAAGAAGAAUUGAAGGCACCACUGGAAGAAUAUGUCAACAAGAGAUAUCCAGGCCUGGUGAAGGUAGUCCGUAACCAGAAAAGAGAAGGUUUGAUCCGAGCUCGCAUUGAAGGCUGGAAAGUGGCCUCAGGGCAUAUCACGGGCUUCUUUGAUGCGCAUGUGGAAUUCACUGCAGGCUGGGCAGAGCCAGUUCUUUCAAGAAUCCAGGAGAACCGGAAAAGGGUCAUCCUCCCAUCAAUUGACAAUAUCAAGCAGGACACCUUUGAGGUGCAGCGCUAUGAAAAUUCAGCCCACGGGUACAGCUGGGAGCUGUGGUGCAUGUAUAUUAGUCCACCAAAGGAUUGGUGGGACGCAGGAGACCCUUCCUUACCUAUCAGGACGCCAGCUAUGAUUGGAUGCUCUUUUGUGGUGAACCGGAAGUUCUUUGGGGAAAUCGGUCUUCUCGACCCAGGGAUGGACGUUUAUGGUGGAGAGAACAUUGAGCUUGGAAUUAAGGUGUGGCUGUGUGGUGGCAGCAUGGAGGUUCUCCCUUGCUCUCGAGUGGCCCACAUUGAGCGCAAGAAGAAGCCGUACAACAAUAACAUUGGCUUCUACACUAAGAGGAAUGCACUGCGGGUGGCCGAGGUGUGGAUGGAUGAUUACAAGUCCCAUGUAUAUAUCGCAUGGAACCUGCCAUUGGAGAACCCAGGAAUUGAUAUUGGGGAUGUUUCGGAGCGAAAAGCAUUAAGAAAAAGUUUGAAAUGCAAGAGUUUCCAAUGGUACCUGGACCACGUCUACCCAGAAAUGAGAAGAUACAAUAACACCAUUGCCUAUGGAGAGCUGAGGAACAACAAGAUAAAAGAUGUCUGCCUUGAUCAAGGGCCACAGGAAAAUCACACGGCGAUCCUCUACCCAUGCCAUGGCUGGGGGCCACAGCUUGCUCGCUACACCAAAGAAGGAUUUCUGCAUUUAGGAGCUCUUGGGACCACAAUAUUGCUCCCAGAUACCCGCUGCUUGGUGGACAACGUGAAGAGUAAACUCCCUCAGCUACUUGACUGCGAGAAAGUCAAGAGCAGCCUCCAUAAGCGUUGGAAUUUUAUACAGCAUGGUGCAAUCCUAAACAAAGGGACAGGACGCUGCUUGGAAGUCGAAAAUAAAGGCUCGUCAGGUAUGGAUCUUAUUCUUCGCAGCUGCACAGGUCAAAGGUGGACAAUUAAACAUUUUAUCAAGUAGAGCGCCUCUUAUCCAACCUUCAAGAAUUCUUCGGACUGAGUUCUCACCAGGGGAAACAUUUUUUUAUCAAACCUUCCACUCUCAUCCACAAUAUCAGGGAAGACUCAUAAGGGAAGGUGUUUGCAUUGUUGUUGUUGUUGUUGUUAGGUUUUUUUUACAUUUUAUUUAUUUGAACUUUGGUUAUCUCUUUGCCAAACUCUGACUGACUGACAGAAUGAAAACAUUCCAGAUCUACAGUUGUCAUUAUCUUGAAGACUCAAGGAACAUCUUGGCUUAAAGACAAGUAAUGAAAGCUUACAAACGUUUCCAAAAAUAACCCAAAUCCCCAAUCCAGCUACAGGACCAGCAAAUUAUAUUUGAGGUUCAGAGAUGAAAUUUUUGAUAUUCUUUUAUUUGAAUGCACACAAUCUUGGAAAUGACCUAACAUAUUAAUAUGGAAUACCAUGUCAAAAGAUUUAAAACAAACAAACAAACAAACCCAGUCAUCUUCCAUGAAGGUAGCAUGAGAUGUGUAUCACAGCCUCAUUUGGAAGUUUGAAGUGCUCUGGAGUUCUAGAAGGACAUUUUAUAAACUUUUUGAAGAAUGUGUUCUUCAUAUCAAGCACACACCAUGUUGUUAUCGACUUUGUGCUACUAGUUCAAAGAGGAGCAAGAAUUAUCCUGAAAUGUCAUGAAUUGACAGGGAUGUUUUAAAAGAAGAGAUCUGCAGCAAAACACAAGAACGUGGACUUUGCCAUUGCAGUGAAUGGACCCUAACAUCUGUAUUACUCCCAUGAAAAUCCUCACACAUACAUUAAACCAAUUUGUUUGUGAAAGAUAUACAGCCAUAAAGGAUUGUUUCUGAAAUUGCAUACAUCACAUUGGAGUUGUGUAAGAAACUAAGAGCCUAAAUAACAAAAGCUAAACAAAAGAAUAGAUGGUUAUGGAAAAAAUUCUGUCUGUGUGAAAGCUAGGAGUCAAAAUUGACUUGAUGGUACAUAAUCAGUCAAUAUGGUGGAGAAGUGUAGAUUUAAAAAAAUAAGAGUGGAAAGGGGAAAAUUUCAUCACAAAGAGAUGAAAAGGAAAAGUAUGUUUACAAAAACAAAAAAAUCUUGGAGGAAAUUUCUAUUAAAA